UGGGAGGAACCAUUCCUGUCCUGCCCUUCACACAGAGCACACAGAGCACAGCACAUUUGGAGGCUAGAGGAAGCAGCUCAUUCCCCUCCGUCUCCUCCAGGCAGCCUCAGACUCAGGACUACCAGCAGCCCUCAGAGCAGCAGCGGUAACUGCAGGAGGAGCAGCAGCAGGAGCAGCUCAGUGAUGGCCCCUCUCGUGCAGCUGUUCCUGGGCUCGCCUCAGCUGGGAUCCGUAUAGAACUCUGGCGAUAUUCCACGCUCGCACACACACUUAGGACACCACGACACACUCCCUCCCGCUCAGCCAUGUACAGCGUGGAGGACCUUCUCAUCUCUCAUGGAUACAAAGUCAGCAGCAGUAGCAGCAGCAGCAACAACAACAACGUCGUCGUCCCCCCGUCACACUCGCCCUCGUCCCAACACUCCCCCUAUGAUCAGCGGCCGGCGUCACGCAGCAAUAGCCGGUGUGAAAUCGGCGAGAAGCGGACCGGACACGGUGGCACAGUGAAUGGAUACAAGCCAGACUGCGUUUAUGUUGGUGGUGGCGGCGGCGGUGGAGGAGGUGGUGUCAGGAGGACGUCGUCUAGAGGUGGCCCCGGUGACACAGAGAGCAGGGACAGGAAGCAGAGGACAGCGGAAGAGGACAAUGGUAAUCUAGGAGAUGGACAGUCGCUAGGGGACAGCUUGACCACAGACAGCGGGUUACCUGAGAGCAACAGAGGAGGCCACCCUCAGCCCAGGCCUGAGCGAGAUGUGUCCUACUGGCGGAGACGAGGUCAGGACUUUAAUGCACUCCUCGACUACGCUGACUUUAGAGACCUGCAUGGAAAGGAAUCGGGACUUUCAGUUAAAGCAGAGGGCAUGCAGCGAAGGCCAGAGUCAGCCUUAAGCACCGAGGAGCACCGCCGCGAGAGGCAGCGCAGAGCGGACAGUGCACGUGCGAGGGAGCGUGAACUGGCUCUGUACCAGUGGAGAAUAGCAGCAGAGAGGAAGUAUCAGAGCCUGGGAACGGAGGAGUGGCGUCCAGCUGUGGGGCUGAGUCGCCAGUCGUCUCAGACUGAAGGUGAGAGAUGGACGCAGGAGCAGCAGCGACGGCCUCGAACAGCAGAGGGUGCUGUUCCACCAAGGACCAAAGCCAAAUCCCAGUCAUUGCCCCGAAUGGCUAUACCCUCAGACAGCAGCGUCCAGUACUUAAGCACAUCAUCCCCUGCUCAAGAUCCUUACGGGAGCUUCAGAAUAAAUGGGCAUCAAUUACGAGAGUCUCAUGGACGUAAUCUCAGUGAAGGGGAAGGUAGAGAACGGUGGACUGGCAAUGGGCGGUCUGGUGUUCAGUCGGCACCCCCUUCAAAACCUCAUUUCAGCCGGCCACUAAGACCACCAUCUUACGAGGUUCACCAGCAGAUGCGUGGAAGUUCGGAAAUGCUUACUGGAGAAUUUAUGCCCCAUGCCAGGGACAGGACUCCAUUGCCUUUCAGCAGGCAAGAGUACUUUGUACAGGAACCUGGAGAGUCUGGCAUGGAACCUCCAGGUUACAUCCCUCCGCCAUCUUACAGGAGACAGCCUCCAAUGAGAGAAGGGCACAGGACUUAUGCAAAUUCCAUGGGAAACUACCAGUACAGAGGUGACCUAUACAUGCAGGGACCAGCCCUGGCAAAAGUUCAGGAGUGGUUCAUGAGACAAACCGGCAUGGCUUGGCCAGAUCAUCACAGGGAUGGGAGAAGGAGUAUGCCCUGCAGAAGACAGGCCUACCCAGCUUACAGUGAGGAGCGGAUGGGCAGCGUUCAGUACAUACCUUUUGAUGACCCUCGUGUCAGGCAUAUCUCAGGAGGGGGAAUUGAUGGGAAUUCCUUGACGGAUGCUGACAAAAUCAGGAAUAUCAGAAAAGAGAUUCCCAUCAUCUCAUUAUCUGAGAAAGCUCCUGAUGACAGUGCCUUUAUGUUCACGGAGAAAACCUACAGCAGCACAGAACCGACUAAAAGCAAUAUCAGCGAUUGUGUUAAUGAGGCAGCCAUGCUUAAGGAGGUCUCAAAGGAGACAAACAACACAAAAUCAGCACCUGAUGAAAAUUCCAACAGGUAUCCGUCUGACCGGGGCUUUUCCGAUACCUUCCAAGCGCCGCUGUCACAGCAAAGCUGCGAGACUGUCACACAAGUGAAGAAAUUUGAGGCACAAACUGCAGCUGAGAAUAAGAAGAACAAGAAGAAACAGAAAGAGACCAUGUUUUGCCUAGUGUCAGUUCCAAUAAACAUGAUGGCAAGCAAGGAACCUGCUGACCCAAACAACAAUGAAAAGGUGCAAAGCCCAAUGAUGGGACCCACAGAAAAUCGGGUGACGACUCUUACAUCUUAUAGCCAAGACACCUCCACAGUUCCCAUCAGCAGUGAACCCCAAAUAGAGUCCAGCAGCUCGUUAGCUGUCAGAAACUCUAAACGAGCUCCUCUUAAGAAAGAGAUUGUAGAUAUUUGGUCGCUUCAAGCAAGUAGUGACAAAGAGUUAUGCUAUGCAGGAUCGUGGCCAGGAGAUCAAUACAGGAACCAAGAAACUCAAACAGGCUCUCCUGAGGUUUCCAGAGGGCUUCAUACUCUAAGCCCUCAAGCCCAUACUCACACCACAUAUGACCCUCCAUCCUCUGACACCACUACGGACAGUGGAGUGGGCACAGAGUGCAGUGCCAGUUUUGGAUAUCCCAUGAAAGGACAAAAAAAUCUGAAUCUUUCCAGCAAUAGUGCAUUUUCUCGAACAAGGACUGAUCCAAGCAGCCCCAGUGCCAAGAGUCCAGCUCAGGUCCUAACAGCUCAGACCCCACCGUCUCCACUGAGGAAGACCCAAGCAACCAAAACCCAAGCAACGGAUGGACAAGAGGUUUUUGGCCAGUUCCUUUUAAAACCUGUCAAUAGGCGUCCGUGGGAUGCUAUCGGGGAGCUGGAGUCCAUUAACAAAGAACUGCAAGACCAUAACAUCAAACGCCAAGACCCAACAAGCAUUGACCAAAGUAUAGAGGAGCUGGAUGAGGCAUUGCAAAGUAUUCUAGAAGUAAGCAGUACUUGCACAGAGCCUAAGCAGUCUGGAACUACUUCACAAAAAAGCAUAAAGAGAGGCAUUGGUAACCAACUGCAAAGUCCAGAGCACCGAUUGAAGGAAGUUAACUUAAAUAUUAGGUCCGAUGUGGAGAGCAGGGGCAAGAUGGAAAUGGAUCAAGAACACGGGGAGUUAAGAAGUGCCUUCUCCAGACCAAAGGGGAGGAUAGCAAAUUCUGACAGAGCACAGAGUCAAGAGAUGUCCGAGAUAUCCGUACCCAAAGCCGACACCAGUUUUGUAAGCUAUGAGGUCUUGCAGAGAAUUCAUAGUGACCCCAGAGGACAACGACUAGAUAUUCCAGUGGCAAAAGAGGCCUUACUCAAAGACGUUGGCCUUACGGUCUACACAGCGAUUCCAGACACAGUAACGUCGGGAUCUCCUCCGGGUUUAAGCCCUGAGUCCCCAAUGCUUACAAGUCCUUCUGACAACUCGGAAUCGUGUGAGGCUUUACACAUCACCUCGUCAGAUAGUGGGGGCGAUCGAAGCAGAAACAGCCCGGAAUUCAUCAUGGUGGAUCAGAUGGAUCAGAAGAGUUUGAGCAGUCAAACCUGCAUCACAGCUAAACUGGACCAUGAGGAAGAGACAGAUCAAAGCAGGCCCAAAGUAGUCACCAGCCCACCGAGGUCAUCUCACAUCUAUAUUGCCAGGAGACAGCAUUUUAGGUUUCAAGGAAACCAUUCCAGUGCUGCUGCUGCUUCUAAUGAUGAUGACGAUGAUGACGGGUAUACAGAAUAUCUCAGCUGGAGUAACGAGAAGACGUUAGCAGAUGAACACCUGGAGACUCUGUUGAGUCAGGAGAAGGCAAACAGCUUGCCAACGGAAGAUCUUAGCAAACUCUACAAGGUGCAGUGUGCUCAGGGCAUACCUGAGCAUGAGUCGCUUGAACAGAGGGCAGCCAGGAUCUUGGGCAUUAGCGUUCCAGCCGAAUCUUUAGUCGUCGGUCAGAAUGAUGAUCAGAAUGAUGUUAAGCAAGAUGAAGGAAAUGUAGAUAGCACAAAUGAAACAAUAUCAGCUAUGCAUAUUAAGGAAGAGAUAAGCCUAAAUGAAGAAGACACACAGCAUGUAGAGAGGAGUAGAGAGUAUGACAAGAAAGUUGUAGAGUCAUUGGCUUGCAGCCAUACUAAUGAACUGACAAUAGAAAAGGAAGAUCCAGGAAUUAGAGAAGAUGACACCUCAAAAGAAAAUCCAGCCCACUUCAGUGCAGAGAUCCACACUGGUCCUGCAGUGCUGGACCUGCCCGAGUUCCCCCCCAAUAACCUGCGCUUGUCUUUACCAGCGUCCGAGGAUGAAGAACUGGCCUUAAGUGUUUGUGGAGGUGAGAAAAAGACUUGGCUCGUUGACGAUGACGAGCUUUCUGAAGAGCCUCAGGAUGAGUCAAGUGAACAUCCCCCGUUUUUUACGUUCAGCAAUGAGGAAUUGUCUGCACAGUACAUUACUCCUGUGCUGGAGGCCGAGCCAGGAUCCUGCGUCAGCACUUUCACCAAAGAGAGAGAGGAAGAGGAGGAAAUAGAGGAGGAAGAAUCAGUUCAAGAGGAGGAAGUACUAGAAGGAGAAAAAGAACAAACUACAGAGAUUGGACUAGAAGCAAGUGAAUUGGAAACAAGUGAGUGGGAAGCUUGUGCUGAAACAAAGGCAGAUGACAAUGAGGACGUUGAUAGAAGGAGUGAGGAUGAGCAGGAAGAUCCAAAAGAAGAAGUUCUUGAGGAAGAUUCACAACAGCAACCAAAGCCAGUGAAGCGUCCAGUCCCUCAGCCUCGCAGUGGAACGGUGGCCAAGAGGGAGAUCACCCUGCCAGCUUCCUUCAACAUGACCACUGCUUUGGCUGCAAUGGAGUAUGACGAUAACAAUACUGAGUCUGUUUCAGACGCCUAUGACCCCAGUCGAGUUGAGAGGGUGUGAACUGGGAGCCAAUGUCAUGGCAAGCCAAUCUGUCAUGCCGCGUCACUGUGACUGCCAUAUUCUGGCUGAGAUAUCUGCUACAGUCAAAGAGUUCCCUCUUAAUUGUUUUUUUUGGUAAUUAUUUUAUUUGUUUGUUUUUCGUUGGUAAUACCUGUACCUUAAUUUGGGACAUUUUGCUUUGUACAAACAGCACCCUAUGCUCAUAUUUUGUAUUUUUUUAUUUGCUUAAAAAAUGACUCUUUUGAGAGAAAAUGAGAGAGAUCUUUGUUCAUCCAUCUCAGGACUCAGCUAUUGAGAUGAAUAUGUAUUAAGACAAAAAAAAAAAAAAGAAAA